ACACCAGUCCUGGUGGUAAAAUAUGACAAUGGGAGACACUCUUCUUUUCCCUUCUCAGAUUGAAUGCCAGAGCUAUGGCCGUGGGGCCCAUCUUGCCUCUGUCCUCACCAAAGCAGAGACCCUUCUGGUGGCCGAACACAUCUCCACUUACCAACAAGAACCAAGUAAUGUCUGGAUUGGGCUCCAUGUUGCUCGUCAGUCCAGGAAAUGGAGGUGGGCUGAUGAAUCAGUCUUCAACUACAAUGCAUGGAUGCCCAACCAGCCCGACAACUACUUUAACUCUGAGCACUGUGUAGAACUCCGACUUUCCACAGGUUUCAAGCAAUGGAAUGAUAUCCAGUGCAGCACUCGCAAUGCCUACAUCUGCAAACAUGAGCUGUAGAGCAACCUGGAUUAAACUGGACCCGACCAUGACAAACUGGAUGGAUAGUUCUUUGGCUGAUAAUUCACUAUGGCUUUUCCCCCAUCUGAAUCUAUAAAAGAUGACCAUGUCCCAUUUGCAUCUGCUCUAUUUUCUGACCCUUGUUAAUGACUACACUACA